AAUGGGUGAAUCAAUCAACUCAUUUAGCAGUCAACAAUCUCGUUCAUUUGGCGCUCACUACCAGACUACCUCAGUCCCAAUCCCAAUCUCAUCUCACUUCCUCCCCAACGCACCGUCUCACCGUCACCAAACACCACCAUCGUCCUCGUUCAUACUCUGCGCCGCCACGCAGGAGGUUGCUCGCCGCUGACGUUCCUCGGUCGUGCUAUUCUCUUCCUCGUCGCUCUCGUCUCUUACUCGGUCACUCCCCUCGCUUCCUAUCGCUCGCCUCCUCGUCGUUUCACCAAUCUCCUGUUCAUCGUCUCUGUUCCAGUGUUCCUCUGUUCUUCUGGUUUCUUCUUCUGUUUCGGUUGCUUCUUCUGGCUUCUGCUUCUGCUACCGAUUCUUCUUGUGGCUUCUGCUUCGGCUGGUUCAACUGGCUUCUGCUGCUUCUUCUUCGUCUGGUUACUGAAGUUGCAAUCUUUUGGUUACACAUAAAUUAAAUCCAUGGCUUCUACCCAGUUUCUCUGCAGUAGUCAUCUCUUUCCCUCUUCUCGAAGUUCCUUCAGAAGCAGCCAUUUACCUCGAUUCAAGCCAUAUGGGUCAUCCAAUUUCCACCCAAAGCUUCAUUUCCAAAGACCCCACUUGGUUAGAGCCAUGGUUUCUGAUUCCAACACUUCAAGGAAGCAAGUAGAGAUUGAGUAUGACCCUGAGGGAAGGAUAAACAAAUUAGCAGAUGAAGUGGACAAAGAUGCUCCAUUUUCAAGACUUACUUUAUUCUCUCCAUGCAAGAUAAAUAUUUUCUUGAGAAUAACCAACAAAAGGGAAGAUGGGUAUCAUGAUUUGGCUUCCCUGUUCCAUGUGAUAAGUCUAGGUGAUAUAAUCAAGUUCUCUUUGUCACCAUCAAAAACUACGGACCGUCUCUCGACCAAUGUGUCUGGGGUGCCCCUUGAUGAUAGAAAUUUGAUUAUUAAGGCGCUCAAUCUUUACAGGAAGAAAACGGGAAGUGAUAAGUUCUUCUGGAUUCAUCUUGAUAAGCGGGUACCCACAGGGGCUGGGCUUGGAGGUGGAAGUAGCAAUGCUGCAACUGCAUUAUGGGCAGCGAAUCAGUUCAGCGGUUGUCUUGCCACUGAGGAGGAACUCCAAGAAUGGUCGAGUGAGAUUGGUUCGGAUAUUCCUUUCUUUUUCUCUCAAGGAGCAGCCUAUUGCAGCGGUCGAGGUGAGAUAGUUCAGAAUAUAGCUCCACCACUAUCUUUGGACAUUCCAAUGGUUCUCAUAAAGCCCCAAGAGGCCUGUUCAACUGCAGAAGUCUACAAGCGGCUACGGUUGGACCAGACCAGUAAUGUUGAUCCUUUAACAUUGCUAGAGAAUAUUAAAAGGAAUGGGAUAUCACAAGAUGUUUGUAUCAAUGAUUUAGAAAUUCCUGCUUUUGAAGUUCUCCCAUCUCUCAAGCGAUUGAAACAGCGGAUCAUUGCAGCUAGCCGUGGAGAACAUGAUGCUGUUUUUAUGUCAGGAAGUGGAAGCACUAUUGUCGGUGUUGGUUCAGCUGAUCCUCCACAAUUUGUUUAUGAUGAUGAUGAAUACAAGGAUGUCUUCUUGUCAGAAGCUUAUUUUCUCACACGAGAAGCAAACGAGUGGUACCAAGAGCCCUCUUCAAGUCCUGCCGCCUCUCCUUGUGUUUCCGAAACUGUUUAAGCUGUAUUUUCCGUAAGAUAAUAAGAUGGUACAAUGUUGUGUUAUGAUCUCAUUUUUCAUGGAAUAAAAAUAAUGUAAGCCUAGAAUAAAAUUUAAAUAUACAUUUAUUAAGGUGUUAUUUUCUUUAAUUGGCUAUAAUAUUAAGACAUGAGUUAACAUACUUAAUAUUAAAAUAGCUUUUUAGAAAUGUUUGUAACUAAGACCAACCAAAUGGUCACAUGCUCUUUUUAAUCUUUUAUCACUAGUUCAUUCUUUUUUUUUUCUUA